CUAACAUCAAAAUCUUUUCCAUCACUACAUAAACCAAGCCAAUAUAUAUCACACUAUAUAUUUUGUAUACGAAGUUUUCAAAUCGCGCGCGCUCGGUUGUGCCAACUCACCUCCACCACACCACGUUUCGUACGUGCUCUUUCGCCUUCGCCCAUCCGCUCUUCCCCGCCCCAACGCGUUCAUCUUUUGUUCGACGACCUUGGAGCGACGUUCAUUGGUUCCGUACGAUUCGGUUUGCUCAAACAGUUCCAACUGGUUCAAUUCGUCGCCAGAUAAAUAAGUUAUUAAAUUUCUGUUGCAUACAACAAAUAACAACAACAAAUAGAGAAACAAAAACAAACACAGAAAUAAUAGCAGCCUAAUAUAGGAAAAACGGCAAGAAAAGCCGCAAAAAACCACAAACAUGAAUAUCGAUUCGCUGAAAAACGAGUGGGAGGAACUAAAUAAGGAGUAUGCCGAACUGGAGAGCUGCAACAGGCGGUACAUCGAGCUGCUGGAGCAGCUGCACAGCCACCAACAAAUGUGCUUCAAUGAGAUCAAGCAUCAGCGGUACCGCAUGAACCAGAUAACGGCGUCUCUGCGACAGUUCAAGGGCCCCGUUCCGGCGGAGGACAAGGAGAAGGUCGAUGACCUGCACAAGAUGACCUUGAAGCGCAAAGCGCAACUGCACGAAAUCGAGCAAUCCUUGCCAGCGAAAUCUGGCCGCUAUUUGCAGAUAAUCCUGGGCGAUGUAAAUGUCUCGAUUCUCAACAGAAACGACAAAGUUCGCUAUAAAGAUGACUAUGAAAAGUUUAAAUUAAUACUCAACGUAAUUGGACUGAUAAUGGCCUUCUUCAAUUUGAUAUUCAACUACAGGGCUCUGGAGCUGGCCUUCAUAUUCCUGCUGGUCUGGUACUACUGCACCCUGACCAUCCGCGAGUCCAUCCUGAAGGUGAACGGCUCGAGGAUCAAGGGCUGGUGGCGGGCUCACCACUUCAUCUCCACGGUGGCCGCCGGAGUUCUAUUGGUUUGGCCACAGGGCGAGCACUGGCAGAUCUUCCGGAUGCAGUUCAUGUACUUCAACGUCUACAUCAGCAUAGUCCAGUACUUGCAGUUUGGCUACCAGAAGGGCCUGCUCUAUCGGCUUAAGGCCCUCGGCGAGCGACACAACAUGGACAUCACCAUCGAGGGCUUCCACUCGUGGAUGUGGCGCGGCCUGAGCUUCCUGCUGCCCUUCCUGUUCAUCGGCUACGGUUACCAGGCGUACAACGCCUGGACGCUCUACAAGUUGGCCUACAGCCCGCCGGAUGCGCCGUGGCACGUGUCCGUAAUGUCCGGUCUGUUCCUGCUGCUGUUCGUGGGCAACAUGGCCACCACUUUGUGGGUGGUGCCCGAGAAGAUACGCGAACGGGCCAAGGAGCGAUACCGCCUCCAGAGCAUGGGCAAGUCGAUGAAGCUGCGCAAGGAGAUGAAGAAUAGCGCCAGUGAUUUGGACAUCUCGAGUGGAUCGAAACUUUCGCCAACUGCGACCACGACUACUUCCAUUGCGACUGCGACGCAAACACCCGCCGAGAAGAAGGAAACUUAAACGAAUCAGUGGUUCUGGUUCUGAUUAGCCUGGCAUUUCAAUUAAACAUAUAUUUACUGUUUUUACGAUUUUUUUUCCUAUUUAUUAAAUUUCCCCUUGGUUUUGUUCCUCUCCCCUGCCCAGCCACCAAAACGACUUUGAAUUAUGUUUCUUUUCCCCCAUUUUCAUACACAUAAUGUAAAACUGAUGUACAUUUGAAGCAAACACUAUAUAAGCAAAAGAAAGAAAAUACCACAAUAUAUAGUCAUAAUACACAUUUUUUUUCGCCUAAUUGUAAGUAUGAAAAGUGAGAAGAUGAAUUAUUAAAUGGAAUUGAAGUGA